CACCGCCACUCAUCAUCGGCGAUGCGGCUGAGACCUGGCGUCCAUACGAGAAAAAGUGAGACAUGCUUGAGACAUGUAGUCUGUAUACAUAUUCUUGGAGUGCAUACAAUGGCUGGACCCCCCAACAUAUAAGAACCAAGAGGGCCUCCAACUUCUGGUCUUCAUAAUUAUCAUCACGCUCCCCCAAAACAAUCACGCUUUAACAGAAAUAGUACAAGUAAAACCAGUUAAACUCCGAACCCACCAAGAUGAAGUUUACUUUCACUACUCUCGCCCUUUUCCUCGCCAGCACCUCCGCGGCACCUGCUGCCACGCCAACCCCAAACCCUUACGCAUACAGCAUCGACAAAAUCACCCUCUACCAUCUCAUCGAAAGCAACACCUGGGAUCUAACCAUCUCCCUAACAAAGCGAGACCCCUACGGUACCGCACUUGAGUCCACCUCCUGCCACAGCGCCUGGAUUGACGGUGCUACUUAUGUCGCUCGCGAAGUCUGUCAGGACCCAAACUACGCCUUUUGGCUGCCCAAUGGCGCACCUGACCCCAAACAGGGCUGGGAUGUCAUUGUUGAUGGACCGGUGGGGCAGGCCGAUGGCGUUAUUGAAUACGGGCCUAAGUACAGCUGUGGCCCGUAUAAUGGCGAGAUUGGGAAUAUUGAUACCGAGUGUGCGACGAGGAACGGCGGGUGGUUUUUUCUUCAUGAAAGAGAAUCUGUUUAGCCGUGGGCUAGGUAAACCGCUGCUAUACUGGAGGAGCUAGGAGGCUUCGGUAUACGUUUUACCUACUUAUGUUUGGAUAGAUUAGUGGGUAUUUAGUGGGGAGCCUGUUAUAGAAUACGUAAAUGUACCUAAUAUAUGCUCGGCUUUUUUUUACUGAAAGCUGAAGGGCAAGUCGAAAAUUAGAUGUGGAAUAGGGCGACUAUAUUCGUUUCUUGGUUUUCCAUUGGAAAGCAUCUUAAAAGCGAGUAAUAUUGAGCAGCAUAGUUCAAUAUAGCAAAGUCUGAUUUAAGGCACUGUGGACUAAUCAAUGCAAAGCCAUAAUAAUAUCCUGAACGCUCCUAAUGCAGCUCCCUACAACGCCCUUGAACGCCAGCAACAAAUGCAUUCC